AUGGAUGGUGAGUGUUGUCUGCAGACCAUUCAUAUCACAGGGUGGAAUGAUCGUGUUGAAGUUGAAGUCAACGAGAGUGAUUGUCAUGUUGUCACGCUAAUUAGUUUUAUUUCGCAUUCCGCACUCUCACACAUGAGCAAGAAGCAGGACACGCUUUGGACGGCCUUUAGACGGCAGCGACAGCCAUCUAUCAAGCGCCAAAAGCUACAGACGAUAGAGGAGACGGAGAUAUCAGUGGCUCGAAAGAAGCAGUGUCGUCCGUUAAGCAAAGACGAUGUAGAUGCUGAAACGGAGAAGAAGAUGAGUGCUGUUGUUGUGGAGGAAGAGGAAGAGGAGGAGGACAAGUGGGACCAAGUAGAGCGUAAGACACGAGAAAUGCACCAUGAAACAUCCAAGUUGACUGAGAGAAAAGAAAUUAAGGACAGUGUCCAUGGACUCAUGACGUUUGAGCCAAUUUGCAUGAAGAUCAUUGAUACAUUGCAGUUUCAGCGGCUUCGUAACUUGCACCAACUUGGGGCUGCUAAUUUUGUGUACAUUGGAGCAACGCACUCGCGCUUUGAGCAUUGUCUUGGGGUAGCGUAUUUGGCUGAAAAGAUGAUUGAAAGUAUUCGUUUGCAUCAGCCAUGGCUGCCUAUUACAAAGGAGGACGUUAUGUGUAUUAAAAUUGCGGGGCUGUGCCAUGAUCUCGGCCACGGACCAUUCAGCCACGUCUUUGAUGGGCUGUUCCUGGACCAACUCCGGAAGAAAAACAUCAUUGAUGAGGCGUUCAAGUGGUCGCACGAGAAAGGAUCAGUGGACAUGUUUGACUUUCUACUGUCAGAAAAUGGCAUCUCAGUCGAGAAUUACGGCUUGACCCAGCAAGACGUGGUGUUUAUCAAGGAGCUGAUCUGGGGCGGACCUUUGCCAGACUCCAACGGCGUUGUUUGCGGACGACCAUCUCGAGAUCAGCAAUUUUUGUACGACAUCGUCAAUAAUGCUCACAGUGGGUUGGACGUGGAUAAGCUGGACUACUUUAUGCGUGACUCACACUAUACUGGUGCCAAAAUGUCGUGUGACACGGACUUGCUAAUUCGCAACGCUCGGGUAUUGGUCGAUCGCGAAGACCCCAAUGAAAACAUGGUGGUUUGCUUCCCCGAAAAGCUGGUGGGACAGAUCAUGCAGGCUUUCCGCACACGCUACGAGCUUCACCAAUCUGUAUACCAGCAUAGGGGAGUUCGCGCUAUCGAUUACAUGCUGUGCGACCUUCUGGUUUCAGCAAACGACCACUUGAAGAUCAAAGGAAAGCGGAUUUCUGAGAUCAUGUGCUCGAUGAAGGCUUAUCAGCAUUUUGACGAUCGUGUGCUUCUGAAAAUUCAAGAGAGCGAUUGUCCCGAACUAUGGGAGGCUAAGUCGCUAUUGAAUCGCAUUUUGUCAAAACCGUACUACAACUUUGUUGGCAAGACAGCGCUGACGGAGCAUUCGCAGCAGAAAUCGACAGACAUGCUUUUAAACGAGGUAUUGCGGUGCUCAGCGCGCCGGUUACUGUUGAAUGAAAAAGACGCAGUCAUUCUAGAGUUCAUGCGUAUCCACUACGGCAAAGGGAAGGAAGAUCCUCUCCAGCAAAUUCGGUUUUACUCGAAACAUGCGACGGCAAGCUCCAGAUGCUUUUGCUUGCCCGAGUGCGCGUAUGAAAUGUUUAGCCCGCGGAAGUUCGAAGAAUUCACUAUUCGGAUCUUUGUGAAAGAACCAAAUCUGGUAACACCCGUUCGAGAGGCGUUUGAGAAAUGGUGCUGCAAGUACAACAAGUCUCAGAUCUUUCCACUCCAGUUUCAAGCGUAA